AUGAAACUUAUUUUUUUAUUGUUUUCUCUUGUCGUUGUUAGUGCCCAAGUACCGAAACAUCACAAGUUAAACCCCGUAGUUGGGAUUCCCUUGAGAUUCAGACCUUACGAAUGCUUCUUACCUGCUGACGUACCUCCAUGCGUAGGUGAUUCAGAAGCUGUUACUAUUUGGAGAUGGGACAAAUGGACUAAUCAAUGUGUAGAAGAUGUUCAUAGAACCUCAUGUAUUCCCACCAGGAACAAUUUUCAAAGUCUAUACGAAUGUAUUGAUAUAGCAGAACCAGUUUGCAGAUUAAAUAUAAAUUAA